AUGGCGACACAAACAAUCCGCUCCAUCCUGGCUGCAGAGCCAUGGUACUACAGUGGCGACAGGCAAUGCAUCAAGUUCCGCGUUGACGGCACAGGGGAGAUUUGGGAUGGACACGAAACGGCCUUUACAUUAGCCGCAAGCUUUGACUGGAAAGUCCUCAAUUCUCCAGUUCUGGAAGAGCAGCCGGCAAUCACUGGAGGCAGGACUGCGAAGACACUGGCCCACCUCAGCAUGGAGAUCACCCUCACAGAACGCCGCUGUCCCUGUCCCCGGGGCUGGAAUUUUGACGAAAAAACUCUCGAACGGAUUCGGAUGACCUCUUCAACGUUCAAGGACAGCGCAUUCCAACCCAAGACGUUUUCUGUCCGCCUUGAGGCUGGGAGAUUCGCCAAACCUUUUAUGGAGGACCAUGGCGGCGUAAAGGGAUUCGGAGACCAAGCUCACAGCUAUGCGUUGCGGCUGGUAUUCGAUAGUUUAAUGUGA